CAUGAUUGGAGUCCAGACGAGAGUGAACACGUCGAGGAGAGACAGGAUAGCGAGAUACGCCAAUCAUGUAUCUGUGUACCAUUAUGGAAAUCAUCGCCAUAAUCCUGAUCAUCGCCGGAUUAUAUAGACCGUUCCCAAUCCAGACUAAUAUAGUUGCUAUUAAUGGCUAAGUUUUAGGCCGAGAACGGGUUUCACGCAGCGGAUAUUUUAAUGGAUAUCCUAUAUAUGUAUAUAUAUAUAAGUUUAUACCUAUAAGACGUUUUCUUGUUUACGUAAUGCAAUAUGGGAAUUUUACUCCUUAGAUGAAAUUGUUAGCGCUCUGCCUUGUGGGGAAAUUUAUGGAGCGUGCAAGGACUACUAUAUUAAAGCCAUAAAAUGAUGCAGUAUUAGAUUCGUUGGCGUUUCGACCGUACUGUGUUUCUUCUGGAAUAUUAACAAGAGAGUGGAGAGCAAGAUAGCACUCAAGAACAUUGCUCAAUAAGUACCUAAUAAUGUUUAAAUUUGGUUUGGAGAUAAAAAGUAUUGAGCAUGGAACGCGCGUGUCACCAACACUGCCCAAUGGAGUUGUCCUUAUCUGUUUUGGUUUCAACCGGAGAUCUGUGCCUCGGAAAAGCAACUGUAGCUCUUUGACAUUUUUCGUCAAUGAAAUUCGUGUAAAUAAUUGAAAACCUUCUUCACACCACCACUGAAGCAACAAUUACCACUCGGACGGUUUCUCUAUACCUACAAUUUUUUUCUUACGUUGGUGACGGAGUUCUGCCAUCUGUUGACGAUUGAACUAUUUAAACCAUAAUUACAUGUACCUAAUUAUCACUGAUGUGUAAAUAGAACACCAAAACACACGCUGAGGACCCGUGUAUGAUAAUUACACUAUGCCACGUAAGUCCAAUGCGAUACUUACUGUGCGUAUAAAUGGCACCAGCAGUAGCGAGGAUGAGACGGAAUCGCUCACACUGGCGUUUCGCGACGGUGGUGGCGAGUCCAGGGCGACCUUGUUAAAGUCCUCGUGCGCUGGUUCCUCGCCACCGUGCGGAAGCACGCCCGAUUCCCCACCGUUGUCACCAUCGGGAGAGGAACGGCGACCACUUAGAGUGGAUUUUGCCGACAUCGAGUACGGGAAUUCUGACAUGGAAAAAUCUCAAAAGAAAAAAGAUAUCGAUAAGGAUUUGAAAAAAUUAUCUCGUCGUGGGACGGGUAGUGUGCGUUAUGCAGAACCCCGGAUGUCUCUAUUAGGAAAACCAUUGAAUUAUCGGAUGCACCGAAAAGAUGCAAGAGUGCGGAAAAUACAAGCUCGGAUUUAUAAUUUCCUGGAACGUCCAAAGAUCUGGCCGUCCGUCAUUUACCAUAUACUCAUGUUUCUUGCGAUUGUUGGCUGCCUAGUUCUAAGUGUCUUGGCAACAGUGGAUGAUUUCAAUCCCAAAUUAUUCACAAGAAUAGCACUUUAUCUGGAACCAUUCCUUCUUGUGUGGCUAAUGGCGGAGUACGGCACCAGAGUUUGGGCCGCCGGAUGUCGCUCCAGAUACCAGGGAUGGUCCGGACGUCUCCGGUUUAUGAGGAGACCUCUCUGUAUUAUAGACAUGGUGAUAAUCGGUGCCUCAAUUAUCGUCUUAUCUCUGGGAAUAGCCAGCCCUAUGUUUGCUGCCUCGCCGCUCAGGGGACUUCGAUUCUUUCAGAUCCUGCGCAUGGCUCGGAUGGAUAGACGGGGAGGUUCCUGGAAACUUUUAGGAUCCGUUGUCUGGGCACAUAGGCAGGAACUCCUUACAACGCUGUAUAUUGGAUUCCUUGGUCUUCUGUUCUCCUCAUUUCUCGUCUAUCUAGUAGAAAAAGAUGCAGAUAAAAAGAAAUUUCGAAGUUUUGCUGACGCACUCUGGUGGGGAGUGAUAACACUUUGUACGGUAGGAUAUGGGGAUGUUGUGCCCACAACGUGGGCAGGAAAACUGAUCGCCGCCUUUUCUGCCGUGUUGGGUAUAUCUUUCUUCGCCCUGCCAGCGGGAAUUCUGGGGUCCGGUUUUGCCCUGAAAGUACAACAACAGCAACGCCAAAAACACCUUAUAAGGAGACGUGUGCCAGCAGCUCGACUCAUUCAGUGUCUUUGGAGAUGUUACGCCGCGGAUGAGAAUUCCAUGUCGAUAGCCACCUGGAAACCUCACAUGGUCCCGUGUCCCAGUCCUACUUCUGACAGGCAAUGGAAAAACAACACGGGAUCCUCCUUUGUGAGCAGGUUCUCCACCAGACGGCGUGACCGUUCCAGUGCCAGUAGUAGUAUUACAUCCAACUCCCCUCACUCUCCCCUAAUUCCACGCAGAGAAUCAAAGAGGCCGAACGGGACUGCAGACAUGGAAGAUUUCGCAAUAAAUAGCCUGGUGAACCGUACAUGGAGUCAUCUCAGCCUUGCAACUGGAUUGGCGGAUCAGAGAGUCGACCAACUUCCUAUAAAGAAAGACAACCGCUCACCAUCGUUUUCCUACAGAGAUCCAAAUGACGAGGAAGACCAUUCUCCAAAAAUGACUCAGCUCACGGAGCAACAUAAAAAAGCUAUCCGAGCUAUCAGAAAAAUAAGAUAUUUUGUAUCCAAAAAGAAAUUCCGAGAGGCACUUCGACCUUAUGACGUCAAAGAUGUCAUUGAACAGUACUCCGCUGGUCAUGUGGAUAUGCUCGGGCGAAUCAAAAGUCUCCAAUCAAGGUUGGAUCAAAUUUUAGGGAAGGUCGGAAGUAAGAAAAAAGACACAUAUGACUCCAAGCAGAGUUUGGCCUCUCGAAUCGUCAAAGUAGAACGCUCAACGGAAGACAUAGAAUCAAAAUUGGACUUACUGUUUGAUAUGUACAAGGAGGAUCGAAAGAUAUUAUUGCAAUAUUGUCAGUCAGUGGCUCAGAUCACAAACAAUGUUCCAGCGUCAGGAGAGGCAACUCCUGUCGCAUCAUGCUUAAAAUCUUCUACAAGUUCUCUCAAGCAACCUCGCUCAAUCCUUUCGGACAAACAAUCCAGCGAGCCUUCUACUCCUACUAAUCUUGAAAACAUUGAUAACCCAUCGAUGCAAAGAAACCUUUCAGACCUCAGUCAGCGAAUCAAAAAGCGUGUUACAUACCGCUUACUCUCCUUGAACGUUGAGGCGAAGGAGAAACAGGAACCUUCCAGCAUUCCAUAUAAGGGCCGAAGAAAGAGUGCGUCAUUUGAUACUGGUGAUGAGCUCAUUGUACAUGGACAUAGACAGCGAUUCAGCAAACGCGAGGAAAGUGACCUCGAGGAAAUGUUCCGGGAGGUUUCGACUGAAGUCAAUAACGAUUCUCCCGAGAAAGAUUCCGUUGAACUACCGUGCUCCGAACAACCGCCUAUGGCAAAAACUCCUCUUACCCAGAGCCAAAGGCGUGAACAAUUUUUACGUGGACGGGUGUCACGUGAAUCAGGCAACAAAUCACACGAUCGAGAUCGCGAUGUCCGCGAGAAUGAAUCAUUCACACGUGUUGUUAUUGAUACUGACGUCUCCGAAUCUUCAACAAAUAAUUCCCCUACACAUUUAUGUUAUGCCUCAGACUCUGGUGUUGUCACAAGUCCAUAUAGAGAAAAACCUGAUGAAUAAAAAACUGUUUCCAUUUUAAUACUUUA